UUCUGAGACACCAUCACCCCUUCACGCGCAUCCCAUGUCGACCCACCGCUCGACAUCAAAGUUUCGGUAGAGCGCGCGCUCGUGGGGCAGAUGGAAGAAGAGGAAUUUAUUAGGGGGUCGUAAAGAGCGAAGUUGCGGUCGACGCACGCUGGCCCCCGACCCCCUCCCCCCGGCUGCAUUCCCAUUGUUUAAUUCGAUUGGUUUACUGGAUCAUCAUUUUCUCCGUGGACAUAUGACAAUGACGGAUGACAGCAGAGCAGCACAUAUGCAAGCUCAGACCUGCUCACACUAAAGCGCGUCAGAGAGGCACCGCCACGGAGCGGCGUCGGUAGAAGCGGAGCCAGCGCUCAGGGCUGCACCGUGUCAGUCCGUGCAUGGUGCACCUCUUCCGAUGUCACGUUGUAGGACUACACAGAAAAACAACAACACUUAAGGCAAGCAUCAGGACAACAUUGGACUCUCUCCGUCUCCGAUCCGCGGUUAUCAUUCGGCAAAAGAAGGAGCCUGACCCCACGAUGACCGAAAUCAGCGAGAAGGAGAACGACUCGGAAAACCGGGACACUUACCGGGGCCACGUUAGCACACCGACUCAAACCGAAUCCAAGCUGCAGCGCCUGAAGCGAUCCCUGUCCUUCAAAUCCGUGAUGCGCAGCAAGAGCGUGGACAACUUCUUCCAGCGAGGCAACAACAACAACCUCAGACUCCCGCCCGUCAUCGCGGCCAAUCCGCCGCCCCCGUUGUCCUCGCCGCCGCCGCCGCCGUUCCCGGAGAGCCCGCUGGCCUACGAGAGGUCGCCGUCGCUCUCCUCCUCGGCCAGCCCCGACCCCUCGCUGUCGUCCUGCUCCCCCAACACCAGCCCGUCGGCGACCCUCGCCCCCGCGCCGGGCCCCGCCCAGGUCCUGCUGCGGCCCGUCAAGACGCACUGCUUCCAGGACCACGUCUUCCGCAAGCCCACCUGCUGCGAGAGAUGCAAGCAGAUGAUCCAAGGGAACUCCAAGCAGGGUAUUCGCUGUAAAACCUGUAAACUGGGGGCACAUCUGUGGUGCUCUUCUGAACUCUCCACGCAACCCUGCAAUGGCAAGACGGGGGCGUUCAAGAGGAACUUCAGCUCUCCUCUGCUGACCAGUGACGCGCUGGGGAUGGUCCGAGAAGCCCCGCCCUCGCAGGAGGGGUGUGUAGACCCAGUGUAUGAGGCUCUUCGCUAUGGAACGUCUCUGGCCCAGCUCAGUAGAUCCAGCUUCAGCAGCACGCCAGAGUCUCCCUGUCAUGAGUGUCCAGGACUAGAAACCGAGACAAUCGCUGAGGAAGAGCCCAUUCCAGGAACCCUUACUCCUCCUGAGAGUGAGAAGGCUGAUUCAGAAGACCAGUUCAGCAUGAAGAGCACCAAGCGUGUGGACACUCCCUCUGUCCACACAUACGUCGCUCUCUACAAGUUCCUCCCCCAGGAGAAGAACGAUCUGGAGAUGCAGCCUGGGGACAGGAUUCACGUUACAGAUGAUUCUAAUGAAGAUUGGUGGAAGGGGAAGAGCAGGGAGAGGGUGGGAUACUUCCCAGCCAACUUCGUCCAGAGGGUCCGGCCCGGGGAACGGGUGUGGAAGGUCACUGCUGGUUUCCACGGAAACAGAGACAAAGGCCAGAUGACUGUCAAGGAAGGACAGGUGUGUGUGGGGAAGACGGAGGAGGCGGACGGCUUCCUGAGACUCUCCAGCGGUAAGAAGAGAGGUCUGGUGCCGGUCAAGAACCUCCUGGACAUAUGAGCGGAGCACCACCACACGACGCUCGACCGACGACUGGUGUUUUAUCACCUCACUCAACCCUGACCACCUCAAGCCCCCAACGCCCCCACCCCCC